AUGGUGGUGUUUUUUAUUUGCCACAAGCUCUACAGCAUGGCCCCCAUGCCCCCGGGAAUAAUGCCCCCCAUGAUACCCCCGAUGGGAGCUCCACCCAUGGCACAGAUGCCAGCCAUGAUGCCACCAAUGAUGCCAGGAAUGAUGAUGCCCCCACGCAUGCCAGCUGCAUCAAUCCAGCCUACAGGACCGCCUGGUGUGAGUCCAGUGGAGUCUGCAGCACCGGCUGCUCCUGGAACAACUAGCACCACAUCAACCGAAUCUUCACCUGAUGAACAGACAAAAAAGAAGUCAGUAUGGACUGAGCACAAAUCACUGGAUGGAAAAACAUAUUACUACAACACAGAGACCAAACAAUCCACCUGGGAGAAACCAGAUGAACUCAAAUCACCUGCAGAGCAAAUGUUCUCCAAAUGCCCGUGGAAAGAGUAUAAGUCAGACACCGGCAAGCCCUAUUACUACAACUCACAGACCAAAGAGUCUCGCUGGACUAAACCCAAGGAGCUGGAGGACCUGGAGGCGAUGAUAAAGGCAGAGGAGAACGGGACGGCUGACGUUGUGGCUCCUGGCACCACCCCUGCUCUUACAUCUCAGAGUGAGUCGGCUGUUACCGUGGCGGCAGUUGCUGAGACUGAGGUUGCCAUGGCGACAGUCGCCACAGAGGAACAGCCGUCUCACGUGCCUGCGCAGGUCGCUGAGGUCAGCAGUGAUGUCACUGUUAACUCCACUGAGGAAGCGCCCAGCGUAGAGACACAACCCAGUAAUGAUGUGUCUAAGGAGGAGAGACCUGAGCUGGUGAAGAAAGUUUACAAGUGGAACACAAAAGAGGAGGCAAAGCAGGCAUUUAAAGAACUGCUGAAAGAAAAGGGCGUUUCCUCCAAUGCAUCAUGGGAGCAGGCAAUGAAGCUGAUAAUUAACGACCCUCGUUACAGUGCUCUGCCUAAGCUGAGUGAAAAGAAACAGGCGUUCAAUGCUUAUAAAGUCCAGACAGAGAAAGAGGAAAAGGAAGAAGCCAGAAUCAAAUACAAGGAGUCUAAAGAGACUUUCCAGCGCUUCCUGGAGAACCACGAGAAGAUGACCUCAACCACACGAUACAAGAAAGCGGAGCAGAUGUUUGGCGAUCAGGAGGUGUGGUCAUGUGUCCCCGAGAGAGACCGGCUGGAGAUCUACGAAGAUGUGCUGUUUUAUUUAGCAAAGAAAGAGAAGAUCAUCUACAUUUUGGACAAUAUGGCCAAUGUGACGUACAGAACUACGUGGUCUGAGGCACAGCAGUACCUACUGGAUAACCCCACCUUUGCUGAAGAUGAGGAGCUACAGAACAUGGACAAGGAAGAUGCUCUGAUCUGUUUUGAGGAACACAUCCGUGCUCUCGAGAAAGAGGAGGAGGAAGAGAAACAGAAAACUCUGCUGCGAGAGAGACGCAGACAGCGCAAGAACAGAGAGGCUUUCCAGAAAUUCCUGGAUGAGCUUCACGAUCACGGGCAGCUGCACUCCAUGUCUGCCUGGAUGGAGAUGUACCCGACCGUCAGCGCUGAUAUCCGCUUCAACAACAUGCUGGGCCAGCCAGGCUCCACCCCUCUGGACUUAUUCAAGUUUUACGUGGAGGAUCUGAAAGCUCGUUAUCAUGAUGAGAAGAGAAUCAUUAAAGACAUCCUGAAGGAUAAGGGCUUACUGGUGGAGAUCAACACGGGUUUCGAGGAGUUUGGCUCAGUGAUCAGCUCAGAUAAACGCGCCACAACGCUGGAUGCAGGAAACAUCAAACUGGCCUUCAACAGUUUGCUGGAGAAAGCUGAAGCACGUGAGAGGGAGAGAGAGAAGGAGGAGGCCAGGAAGAUGAAGAGGAAGGAGGCGGUGUUCAAGAGCAUGCUGAAACAGGCCACGCCUCCUCUGGAGCCUGAGGCCACUUGGGAGGGAGUACGAGAGCGGUUCCUAAAAGAGGCUGCGUUUGAGGACAUCACGCUGGAGUCGGAGAGGAAGAGGAUAUUCAAAGACUUCAUGCAUGUGCUAGAGCACGAGUGUCAACAUCAUCAUUCAAAGACUAAAAAACACUCGAAGAAAUCCAAGAAACACCACAGAAAACGUUCCCGAUCUCGAUCAGGCUCGGAGUCAGAGGAUGAUGAGUAUCACUCGAAGAAGAAGAAACGCUCAGCUUCUAAAUCUCCAUCCGAGCACUCGUCCUCUGGGGAAUCUGAGAGGAGUUGCAAGAAAUCUAAGAAACACAAGAAGAAGGGAAAGAAAAGACGACACAAAUCAGCCUCCCCUGAGUCUGAAGGAGAGAAAGAGCGGAAAGGAAGAGAGAAAGAGAAGGAUAAAGAGAACGACAAAUCCAGAGGGAAGUCACGUGGAGAAUCCAAACAGAAAUCCCCCAAAAGAAAGAGUACAAAAGAAGAGGGUGGAUGGGAUACGUCUGGAAGCGAGCUGAGUGAAGGAGAGCUGGAAAAGAGGAGGCGUACUCUCCUGGAGCAGCUGGACGCACCAUAAAUCACUCUCUGUCCGUCUCUCUCUCACACUUGCAUUCCUGUAAUGUGUUAUGCAUCCUCUUGGGAUGAGCAUCCGAGUGUUUGGCUGUGAAUCCAUUGACCGUCAUGUAGUCUCUCUGAGAGGCAGUAUUGUCUGAACAUCAGCACUCUUCAUCUGGGCAUGUUGAUUUUGUAAGAUUAUUUUCAGAGGUUGCAAGUGUUAUGUUGCCUUUAACUGCAGAACCCUUUUUUAGUCAGUUGUAUAUUUGUUAUUGCCAAUAGUUUUAAACAUCACUGAUAAUGUGGAAUAAAAUGAACAGGCCUGCAU